AUGGCCACUGUGCGAAACGACACAACGGGUAACGCGUUGGUUAUGAAAGCCAAGCCGCCGGCACCGACCGACGGUCCUGUGGUGGAGGAUACAGGAAGCGCCAAGGACUUUCAAAAGAUCUUGGACACGUUCCAAGACAAGCAGACGACCGAAUUGUACUCGCGGCAAGUGGCGCUCCUUCAAGUGCUCUUGCAAAAGUUUCCAAUCGGAUUCAAGCUGCAAAACUUGCCUGACGUAGAGGCAAUCUUACGAAUCGCGUACGAGAAGAUUGCGGCCGGCGUCGACGUCCUGAUUGAGCCCGUGUGCAGCCUCGUUGUGCAUUGCUCUAAACCGUACUUGCGCAUCAAGUCCAAUGAAGAGUUCACGUCGCCGCAAUUGCUCCACAAUUUUGUGUGCCUUUUGGGAGAAUUUCUCGUUUCGUUCGACCCGCAGAUCCAGGUCGCUGCAGCCGACACCCUUCGCACAUUUGCAACGGGUGCAUGCCUUGGCCACUUGCCCCGGCAAUCCGCCAAUGCAGACGAACACAGCGACGACCAACGACCGCUACCGCGCGACUACUCUCAGCAGCUCAUCGAGCGUUGCGGAGUUGCUGAGGCAGCUGCAGCAGCCUUGCAGCGCCUGUUGGACGAUCAGCAGGCAAACGACGACCACAAUCGCAUGGACCUACUGCUCUUUCCGAUUGUGGAUCUGGUGCAAGAGAUUUCGAGCUGGGGACCGAACGCCCAGAUCCUGACGGCUCAUGGAAGCCACCACCAUAUCCUCGACAUUCUUGACCAAAUUGACGACCUACGAGACGUAUUUCUUCCAUUGUGUUUGGAUAUCCUGUGGAAUGUGCUCGAGAUCAGCGCCGCCACGACGGCAACGAUUCAGAGCUGCUCGUCUCGUGCGGUCAUGCUUGACGCGUUGCGCACGAAAAACGCAAUCUACGCGAUGGGAAAUCUUCGCUCGUUUCAAGUGCUGCACAAGUUGCUCCAGCGCUUGCUCAUGAACGGCUACCGCAAGCAAGACAAGGAGCUCCGUAACACUACCCUGAUGAUCCUCGACAUCCUAGCGUCCAAGUCGCGGAACUUGCCACUGUUUGUAGAGUCUGGCUUGCUCGCAACCUUACUUAAGUACGCAGAGGCGGCGGACAUCGCUCCCCCGCCAUCAACUUCGGUCGCCAAGGCAUCAAACUUCGCCUCGUCGUGCGAUGAAGACUUCGAGUUCAAGCACAUGCUGUGGAUUGUUCUGGCAGACGUGGCCAAAGGCGACCUCGAUGCCGUGCGGCUCAUAUCCGAUUCGUCCUUUCUCCACGUAUUGCUGUUGUAUGUGUCGCCGGACCAAGAACGAAGUCACGAUGGUCAACAUUUUUCACCUGCCCAGCGGCAAGUCUUGCAAGUCAUGGCGCUGCACGUCCUCUCGGCGCUCGUGCCUCGCAUGCCCGAGCUCUUUGUCGAGUUGCACGGCCACGUGGUGCUGUUGGAGUUUGUCCAGACAAGUCGGGACGAAGAAGCAAGUGCACUAGCCCUUCAACUCUGUCACGAGCUUGUAUUGACGUCCCCUGACAUGCAAACGGACGUCGGCAGCAUCGGUGGCGUCGAAGUCAUGAUCACGUUGUUUGCCGAUGCAAGCCGCGCCUGCUUGGUCCGCCGCACUGCCAUUGCCGUCUGUGGGGCGAUGUGUCGCGACCACAACGCAAACCAAACGAGAUUCCGCCGAGCGGACGGAGUCGCAGUGCUGAGUUUGCACUUGCACUUUGAACCGGCGCACGCGGUGAGCCAGGAUAACCUGAUAGUGGCCGUCGUCGGCUGCAUCUGGUCGAGCGUAAUCGGAAACGCCGAGAGCGAGCUGUGCUUGAUCCAGUCCGAAGGGGUCGACAACCUGCUGGAUUUACUCGAAGUGUGCCCGGCUGUCAUGUAUAGCCAAGUGCUUGGCGUGUUGGCGGAGCUGUGCGAGAACGUCAAAGCGGUCGCGUACUUUCAAGCGUGGAAAAGUAAAUCCCAAUGUGGUGCGACGCAGCUGCUCCUUCGUAUGUACGCUGACGAAGAAAAACGACUGGGGGUCCAACGCCCGGCCCCCGGGUUCUUAAAAAACAUUGCACGACCACUUGCCACGCAUGAGUUGGUGCUUCCCCCACCUUCCCCGUCUGCCACUGGCGACAAGCAGCCCGCGGUUGCAUUUGUACGACUGAAGCAAGCGCUGGUGCACUCGAAAGGCGCGCGGCACAUGGAUCCAAACAGACGACUCGUCGCGGCCACCGCCAAAGUGGAUUUGCGGUCCAAAAUUUUUGCCGUACUGGCGAGUGUUGGGUUUUCGUGCGUACCGGACGACUUGUCCUUUGAGGAGCAAAUGACCCUCGCUGUUGCAAAGGAAUUCCCGGUGUUCCGCGUCGGCGAGGAAUGGCUCAACAUCAAGAUGGCGCUGCACGCCCAAAACAUUCGUCCGAUCUAUGCUGACGCACUCCUCAUCGAGAUGAAACUCGAGCACGUGUACUCGAUCGUGGCACAAGUGCGAUGUAGUCAGCAAGACAUUUACGCUCGAGAAGAAAGUGCCAAGGCUAAAGAGGAAGCUCUCUUUUUUGCUGGUGUGCGCCACCAAAAGGAACAAGAGCGUCAGACAACGUCCAAGAAGGUUGUCGCGAAAUCCAGCAUGAAGGCACAUCUUGAAGCCAAGAAGCGCAAGGCUGACAUGUUGCGCAAGUCGACCGUCCUCGAUGCCUCGUCCGGCGACGACCGCACCGACACCUCAACCACGUUUGUCUUCACGGACCCUCCACCCGUGUUUCAUGACUUGUAAUACACUCCAUCCUGACUCG